AUGCUUGUUUUCAAAAGGGGUAUUCACGUAGUACCUAAACUACCAAAUUCUAAGGCCCUACUGCAAAAUGGAGUGCCUAAUAUACUCAGUUCUUCGGGAUUCAAGACGGUGUGGUUCGACUACCAGCGAUAUCUAUGUGAUAAGCUAACGCUGGCGACAGCGGGACAGUCUUUGGAAUCAUAUUAUCCAUUUCACAUAUUGCUGAAAACUGCAGGAAAUCCAUUACAGUCAAACAUCUUCAAUUUGGCGUCCUCUAUCCAUAAUAACCAUUUAUUCGUGGAGAACAUUCUACCUUCUGCUGUUGAACAUGGCACUAACUCGAACGCCGUUGUGAAGACAGAGCCUUCUAGGCUUUUUUUAUCCAAAAUCAAAGAUUCAUUCAACGGCAGCGAUUGGGAAGUAGUGAAGGAGGAAAUGAUUUACCGUGCUGAGAAUGAAGUCUUGGGACAAGGCUGGUUAUUUCUAGUUGAAAACAAUGAGAAAAAACUCUUCAUAUUAACGAGCAAUAAUAAUGGUACGCCGUAUUAUUUUCCCAGGAACCAGUCAUUUGAUUUAAACAGUGCGAUAUCCAUCGAUGAAUUUGCUACCUUGAAACAAAUGAAAGAACUGAUAGGAAAGUCUACUAAGUUGAAUGGUAAGGUUCAAGACUGGACCAUGCCUAUAAUCUGUGUCAAUCUGUGGGAUCAUGCUUAUUUACAUGAUUAUGGCGUUGGUAACCGGUCCAAAUACGUGAAGAAUGUUCUAGAUAACUUGAAUUGGUCAGUGGUAAAUAAUAGGAUAUUCUCUGGUAUAUCGAAGUAA